UGUUCGUUCAACAUUACGAUCGGGAGUCAGUUUGUUUUAAAAUGUUGAAGGUAGUGUUUUGUUUUGUGCUAGUAAGCGUGGUGUGUGGGAAGUAUGUGGAUAAGAGGAAGUGUCCCGAAGUGAGAGCGGUCCCACAUUUCGAUUUGGCACAGAUUUUAGGCGAUUGGUUCGUAGUGGAAUAUUAUGCCAGCGAAGAGGAAGCCCUUUCUUACAGCUGCAUGCGAUCUGUACUGUCUCAAGAUGAUCACGUUCAUUCUGAAGAUGGCUCAGUAGAAUGGACUCCCGGCGUUACAAUGAACUUCACGUACCGGUUCGCGGACGACCCCCUGGGGGAGAACCUCCUGGGAAACAUCACCUGGCGAGUGGACCUAAACGAGCCCGCGCAUUGGACGCACUCCGAGAUCACUUAUGACGGCAUAUACAACACUUACGUGUUAGACACAGAAUACAAAACCUGGGCAUUAUUGCUGCACUGUGCUGAACAAAGAGAGGGUGCCAGAUACCUCAGUGCCUUCGUCUUGUCCAGAAAGACCACGUUGCCGAAGAAUGUCAUGGCCUACUUGAGGGAUAAGCUUCCAAGAUACGAUGUGGACGUCAAAUACGUAUUCCCGAUUUCGCACGACAACUGUAGCUCUCAGCCAGCCAGAGCUGACUUCUCCCCGAUCCUGGUGGAAGUGAACAGCAAGAUCCCGAGGAGACCUGGAAUCAGCUACAAUAUUGGAUUUGGUCACUGAUCAGUUAGCUUAGUUAACAUAAAGACAAUAUUUAUAGGUGUAAACACAAAACUCAGAAUGUAAUCUCUGUAUUCUGUGGGUGUAAAGCGAGAGUACCAAACUGUUUUUUUCUCAUUCUUAUGUUUCUUUUCUAUUAAUUUAUUUGUUAUGUAAAUCAAGUUUGCCAAAAUAAAUAUUUUUAUACAUACAUAUUAUCACGUCUUUAUACCUUACGGGGUAGACAGAGCUGCCAGUCUUGUAAAGAUCGAAAGGCCACGUUCAGCUGUAUGGCUUUAUAAUGGAAUUGAGAUUUAAAUAGUGGCAGGUUGCCAGCCCAUCGCCCACAAGGAGAAUCCCAAGAUGAGAUGUGGUCAUAUUUUUAGUGCCGGGAACCACAUGGCAUAAUUUCUUACUUUUACUUUUUUUUUCUUAAACAGUCGUUUACCCUAAAAACGGUCCUGUAUCAGGUCAUCUUUGAAUUUUAUCUACUUAAAAAAGGAAUGACUUUUGUCGAUGUUUGGAAGAUCCUAUCGACUUAACUCCCGAGGACAAAAAAUAAGGUCGUUAAACUCGUAGGACAAACGACGAUUGGGAAAAAAGUUUUAGACUCGUGCCGAAAAAUGUAAACGUACUACAAAUAGCCA